UGGACGAGACGAAGAGGGCAAGAGGGCAAGAAUGAAAGAGAGAAAGGUGAGGCGAGAAGAGGAAGAGGAAGAGGAGCCGAGCGGGUGACCACGUGACCACCGGGCGGGGGUGGCAGGCGACAUUUCGCAUGCUCAGAACUCCACACUCCACAACAGGCCACGACACGACGCGACCUGUCGUAUCUGGACAGUGGACGUAUCGCGCUCUCUCGCACACGCGCACACACGCACACACGGCGAGGACUCGAGACUCGAGGAGUUGAGGACCCGCCAAUACAUCUCUACGCUAGGUCGCUACGCGAGACGCGACAGUCGACACGCGACGUGACGCGCCGGGGCGCCGGGGAAACGAUGGUAGUGAGUCUAACGUGAGCGAUCAGCGAUCUCUCCGCCGCGCCGCGCCGGAGAUUGGGGAGUUGGGGACUGGGGAAGCGUUUUUCCCAGUAGGAGAAAAAAAGCCGCGGCGUGCCGGGAAAAUUAAACGCGCGAGUCUCGUUGGCAGUUGGCACUGUUGGCAGUCGCGGUCGCGGGUCGCGGCAAGUGAUCGUGUGCAGGUGGCGGUGCAUCGGGUGCGUCGGGUGCACGGCCAGGACUUGGGGGCUUUGCACCGCAUCCCCCGCGCGAACGCGAACGGGCGAAGCGGUGAGCGGCGAGCGGUGAUCCUGCGGAACGUCCGCCACUCGGACCGCGGACGAGGCUCUCCCCGGCCCCGGUGACUGAAACUGAUUGGAACGACGUGGAUCGGUGGAUCCGAUCGUUUCGAAGACGUGCAUCGCCGCAUCGAGACGGAGACGUGAUCUCUAUUCUCUAUAUGUAUGUGUGUUGGGUGCCGGGCGGUGCGCGAAAGGUAACGCACGCGUAACGCAGAGGGUGGUGGUUGAACGCGCAGCACGAUGUUCCCGUGGUCCUGGAAGAUGCGAGGAAAGUGAAUGCGUGGUCCGUGGAUUCCUAUACGACUCGACGUAUUUACGCGCAUCCGCACGGACCGCACGUAGGAGACACGCGCGUCCGCCCGCCCGCACGCGUUACGCACCCCCGGCUCCCCGGGAUGUAACGAUGCUGUUGUCAGGAGGAAAUCACCGACGACAUCCUUGAAUAUUUGUCGGAGCACUCUGUCUCGAGUCUGGACUCCGGAGCCAGCAGCGACGGAACCACGUUUGAUACAUUAGAGUGAUAUGUUAACCGAAGACAAUGAUCCGACAAAACCAGCAGGGGUUUUAGACAAUGCUGGCAACGUGUCUUCCUCAACAGAAGCCUCGGUACAGCAUCCUCGCGCCGCAAACAAUGAGACCGAAGUUAAGAACGAGGUGCAGGACUGUCCCGAGAAUGACAGUGUACCCGGUGGUGAACUAUACAUCGACGAGAAUGCCGAGGAAAAGGAGCAGGAAUAUCCGGACUCGAUGGAAAAGACGGAUUACGGAUCCCUGUACGGACCCAACCAAUAUUACAACAGCCUGUACAAUUCGCCACCUUACGGAUCAACGACAGCUUCGAAAAACGCAUCAAGCUUGCAGAGCUCGUACCUAAGCUCUUAUACAUCGUCAAGCUCGAUGACGCAGUAUCCGUCCUACGCCAGUUACAAUAGCGGGACGACAACCUUCCCGAAUAUGGCGCAAAAUAUAUCAUCGGCCUCUCAGAAAUUAGACUAUAGCGCUUACAGCAGUAGUUUGUACGGAAACGACAGGGUACCACUCCAGUAUUCCGGAUAUUAUCCUGUGCCCGGUUAUCAUGCGCCGCCAGCUUCGUUCAAUAUCGGAAACAUCAACUUUGCUGAUUCAACCAAGUCCGCGCUCACGUUGGACCCAACGACACACGAUGCGAGCGAUCUGACCGCACGGGAAACCGCAAACAUCGAAGUGGCAACGACGAAGCCAUGCAGGCGCGGAAGAAGACAGAGCGGAAGCGGAAACAGUAUCGGUUCCGCGGAUACGACGGAAGCCGGCCCCGAGCGUAUAUUCAUCUGGGACCUCGACGAAACCAUAGUCGUAUUUCACUCCCUGCUAACUGGACAAUACGCCACCAAGUACCGUAAGGAUACAAACCUCCUGGCUCAAGUGGCGUAUAGAAUGGAGGAGAUGAUAUUCACUUUGGCGGAUACGCACUUUUUCUUCAAUGACGUAGAGGAUUGCGAUCAAGUGCACAUAGACGAUGUUUCGUCGGACGACAACGGGCAGGACCUGUCAUCCUACAAUUUCGCGACCGAUGGCUUUCAGUGCGCGUCUGCAAACAAUGGAAUAUGUCUGGCAUCCGGUGUGCGAGGCGGCGUCGAUUGGAUGAGGAAGCUAGCGUUCCGUUAUCGUAAAAUCAAGGAGAUUUAUUGCAACUAUCGGAACAAUGUAGGUGGCCUCCUGGGUACAGCCAAGCGCGAACAGUGGCUGCAGUUGCGUUCCGAGAUUGAAAUGUUGACUGAUAACUGGUUGACGUCGGCAGUGAAGUGUCUGAACAUUAUCAACAAGAGAAGCCACUGCAUCAAUAUCCUGGUGACGACUACGCAGCUGGUGCCCGCACUCUCUAAAGUCCUGCUAUUUGGCAUCGGCGGAAUAUUUCCCAUAGAGAAUAUAUACUCGGCCUCUAAAAUUGGAAAGGAGAGCUGUUUCGGUAGAGUGGUCGCCCGAUUUGGCCGUAGAUGUACGUACGUGGUGAUAGGAGACGAUUCGGACGAGGAAACGGCAGCGCGGGCGCAUAACUUUCCCUUUUGGAGGAUAAAUAGUCACUCAGACACUCAAGCCCUUUAUACUGCCUUAGAAAUGGGAUUUCUUUAAUCAAAAGCACGUACGAAAAUCAGUCUCUGUCAGGAAAUAUUUCGGUCGUAUGGAAAAUCGCAUGACACGUAUUUCUGUGCGAUUAACAAGAAAAACUAGCGAUAAAACCAUGCGCUUAACACACUUAACAUUCCCUCAUUCUUUUUCUGGAGCAGCUCUUAUCAUUCCUAUAACUUUUAUCGUGUGUAAUAUACAUAAAAGAAAGAAUGACACUUUCGCAACUACGUCAUAGUUAUACUCGCCGAUUCGCCUGAAAUGAUUCGCGAGUUUGGUCGGACAUCUCGUCCGCAAGUGAUAUAGAAUGAAAGUAAAAUUUUAGUGAUAGCAAGAAAAUUCGGAGAACAAAGAUUUAUAUGUAAAAUAAGAUUCUUUCGGACGGUUUUCUAGCAUUGUGGACUUAGUCACGUGUACUAUAUAAACUGAGAAAUCUGUGAAAAGUAUAUAUAUAGAUAUAUAUAUAUAUAUUAAUAAUAAUAUACGUUUCAUGUACUUAAACGCACUACGUUUGCAUUCUUUUUCUUCUGAUAAAAACGAAUCAAGCGAUUUUUACUAGUAUAUGUGGUAACAGAUUCUAAUAGAACAGAUUUUUUUUCAUUGACAUUAUUUACACAGCUUGUAUGGAUUUACAUAAUUUUUCACAAGUUAUUUUUAUAGUUAUCAUUCACUUAAUAUACCGUGAUACUUUUACGCGCAAAUUUAUUGCAAAGAAUCAGUCUGAUUGUUCGUUACAUUCCCAUUAAUUAUAUCUGCUUUAUACCUGUAUUUGUCAUACUACGUGUAUUUUUUUUGUUAUUUUUACAUUCCUUUAACCUCGCAAAUAUAGCUGUAAGCAACAUUAUGUAUAUUUUGAAAGUAUCCAUAUCAAUUACACAUUAUACACACGCCAUAUAACAAUCUUACUGGACAUAAAUGCAUUAGAAAAAGUAUUUAUAUAUUUGUAAAAAUAUUAUAUAGUUAUUACCAUAUUUUGGAAUUGUAUAAGGCUAUUUGACAAACGAAAAAAUGCAUUAAGUAAUAUAAUAAAAAGGACGGAACGAAUUAGUAUAGUUACUAAUUACAGUUGACAUCGUUAUGUGUAAAAACAGUUUAUAAAAAUUUUCUGAAUAUAUCGUAUUAUUCGUUAACAAAGCUAUUAAUAAAAGUAUAAUUGAAAAUAUAAUAUGUAAUGACUGUUCGUGUCUCAAGAAAAGAAUGGGAAAGUGAAAGUAACUUUAUUCUUUGGUGAAGAAAAUCAUCUAUGCAUCAAGUCUAUGUUAAAUUAUAUGUGGUACUAAUUUAAUAUCGGCUAUUCUGAAAAUAAAUAAAUAUUCUAAGAUUCUGUUUUACUUAAAACAUAUAUAUAUACCUGUUUAAAUUUCAUUAACAGUUCUGUUUAUCUCUGCUGUUAACAUACUUCAAAUAUGAAUAAUACUUUAUAUUCGAUAUAAAAUAAAGUUUUUUUAAUUUUAUUUCUUAAAUA